AUGGAUUCGACUCUGAACCCAUACUCCAAAUCCAGCUCCGGCAGACCUGCUAUCGAUAUGAAUCCAAAGCGGCUUGUUAUUGCUCUCGACUUCGGAACCACUUACAGUAGCAUAGCCUACAGCGACAGCAGCUCUGCAGCAAACAAUGCCAAUGCCAUCCAGCUGUACACAUCUUGGCCCGGUAUAGGCAAUGGAACCAACGAAAAGGUCCCUUCCAGGAUCUGCUAUGGAGUUCCUCCCAAGCACGAGAUUGAAUGGGGUUACAAAAUCCGGCCCACCACCAAAGGCAAAGUCCAUGCUCUUAUGAAGCUCAAACUCGACGAGCGGCUGAAGAAGUCCAAGCAGCUAAAGCUCCUUCUUGCCUUCCUCAGCUCUCAGAUGGACGGGCUCAACCUUGACGAUUCCGAUUCUGACGAUUCGGAUGAGGAGGAUGGGCCUCCAGACUACCCCGGGAAAGCCCCGGUGGAUAUUGUCGCCGACUACUUGACCGAGUUGCGCAAGAGCUUUUAUGAAGGACUUGCAAAACAAUACGGCGAAACGCUUCUUGCGUCGCUCCAGAAGGAAUUGGUCGCCACAGUACCCGCGGUCUGGUCGGAGCGUGCAAAGGAUCUGACGCUCAAAGCGGUGGCCAAAGCCGGGUUCAACGCGACCAGCAUUUCUCUCGUGACGGAGCCCGAGGCUGCUGCCGUCUAUACCUUGAAAGGCAUGACUGAAGGUGCUAACAAAGACGAUGUCCGCGUCGGCGACUACUUCGUCAUGUGCGAUGCCGGGGGUGGCACGGUUGAUUUGAUUUCGUACAAAAUCACCCAGAUCAGCCCAACUUUCCGCAUUGAAGAAGCAGCUGUUGGCAGCGGCGACAAGUGCGGUGCCACCUACGUCGACAAGGAAUUCCUUUCCUGGCUGGAGACGUGGAUCGGGACAGAAGCAUACAACGCGAUCCCGGUCUUCAAGAAGAGACAUGGCAGCCAGAUGAUGAACGCGUUUGAGACCCUGAAACACCACUUCAGCGGAGAAGAAGAUGACAUUGAAAUCACCCUUCCGAGAGAAUGCGGCAUCGACGAUGAUGCCGCCAAAAGAAUCGACGGCAGAGUGCUCACCAUGACCAAUGCUCAAAUGGCAACAGUAUUCAACCCUUGCGUCAACCGCAUCCUGGAACUUGUUGAUGGACAAGUCGACGCUGUCAUGAAGAAACACGGUACGAAACCAAAGAUGAUCUUGGUGGUUGGUGGGUUUGGAAAGAACGAAUAUCUCUUCCGCAAGAUCACCGAAUACGCCACCGAGAGAAGCAUGGUGACCCGGCAGCCUCAGUUCCCCUGGUCGGCCAUCGUGCGAGGAGCAGUAUGUAGAGGCCUCGAAGGCCCACAGAGCGGUCUCAUCGCUGUUCGACUCGCUCGCAGGCACUACGGAACCUAUACGAGUACUCCGUUUAUCCCAGGAGUGCACGACCCGAGUGACGCGUAUAUUGAUGAGUUUAGCGGCAGGAAAUAUGCCAGGGGGCAAAUGACCUGGCUCAUCGAACGAGGUGAACGACUUCCCGAAGCACUUCCAAAGGUCGCUUCCAUCGAGGCAUGCUGCAAGUUCAAGAAAGACGACAACAGGACUUUUGGAGCCGUCCUUGUCGGUUGUGACGAGGACGUGGCACCUCGUCGCUUCGCCGACCCAAGUGCACACAGCAUCUGCAAGGUCCUCGCCGACCUCAGCGUGGUCCCAGAGUACAAAUUUAUGAAGCUGAGCAACGGAAUCAAAGGCGAGGAGUACUGGAUGGCUGAAUUCAAGCUGGAAGCCAAGUUCCAGGGGGGAAACAUCCGUUGGAGCUUCUUCUUUGAUGGCAAAGAGUAUGGCAACGUCGAAGUGAGCUAUAAUGAUUGA